AUUGAAACGCGCUUUUCUGACUUGCGAUACCAGGGGCAACCUCCGAACUCCCAUCCACAUCCCUCCAUGAUUGCGCAACAGAUCGCGCUCCAGCAGCAACACGUAGCGGCAGCGAAUAACCAACUGGCGCAGCAGGGGGGCAACCCCAACCAAUCUCAGAUGAGCGCCCAGCAGAUGCACCAAAUAGCAGCGUUGCAGGCUCAGCAACAAGCAGCUCAGGCUCAAGCUCAAGCUCAAGCUCAGGCCCAAGCUCAAGCGCAGGCUCAAGCGCAAGCGCAAGCACAGGGACAACUUCAACAGCCCCAGAACCACCAGCAGCAGCCUGGCCAGCCCCAACAGCAGGCUGGGCAACAAGGGUCGAAUCAGGGAGGGCCCGGAGGGAAUGUCCAACAGCAGAACCAGGGGCAGGCUCCGGGGCAGGGCCAGCAACCAAAUCCGCAACAACAGCCCCAAGGCCCACCUCAGACACCCCAGCAGCAGGCCAUGCAACAACAGGUGCAGUUAGCCCAGGCACAACAUCACUCAGCGGCUGUAGCUGCCAGCCUGAUGCAACAGAAGCACCGGGAGGGGAUGAAGGGGCACUGUCUUCUAAAACUCAUGCAGUUUGGAGAGCAUUUGAGCGGAUUUCCGGGUUCGAGAGCUAGGGACGACUUAUCAUACUGGAACGACUUUGUCCACCGCUUUUUCUCCCCGAGGGGCAUAUUCCGACACGCAGUUCACGUAGUAAAUGGCGACGACCCCACGGAAAAGCAGUACGAGAUCACAUAUCCGGCACUGCCACGAUACUUCCACACCCAUUUCGAUAGUGGCGUCAAGAACAUGCAGUUGAUUAUGGAUAAGGGUACCACGGACAAAUCCUUGCCAGGAGACUGCCAUUUUAUCGAGAACACCAAAGCAAGUUUGGUGUACUGGUUCGAGGGUGGCUCACAUUUGGUUGCUACUGGCACCCUCCGGGCUCAGUUCGACGCAGACCAAAAGUUCGAACUGUUCGAGUUCAUCACGACCGGACAUGAGGAGUUCAUAUCUCGGCGACUGGUGAUCCAGGCCGCCAAGCCAGCCCACAAUUGGGUUAAAGAAUGGCAUAGAGUCAACAACCAGGACAACAAACAAUCUCCUGAGAUGAGCAAGAAAAGCAAGGCACGGCAAAUGAAGUCUCCGCAAACUGCGCCACCCGAUCUUGACCUUCCGCACUCGGUUGUUACGCAAAGCGUGGGAAUAACGGAAGCCGUCCAUCAGUUUCUUGAGGUGGUUGAGAUCAUGGGUCAAAUGAACCCCUUGUUCGGGCUCUGUCAGAUGAAUCCGGGACUCAGGCCAUAUGAAGCUCUAGACCAAUAUGUCAAUCACAUCAAUGUCUCGGCACAACAAAACGCUGUCAAUGGGCAGCCCAUGGGCCAGGUCGGACCUAGGACGCCGGCAUUCGGACAAUUCCCCGUAGGAGCGAGCCCAGCACAGGUCCACCAGAUGCUGCCUGUUUCUCCACACAUGGGCAGCCCGGCGCAGGGCCAGAUGCAAGCACCAGGGAUGCAACUUCAAGCAAGCCAGCAAGGGACCAGCUCGAGCGGGCCGAGCGCCAACACCUCGCCUUCCCAGAGCAAUAAGAGGAGGCGGCCCUCGGCCGUCAAGAACGACGACGAUACGGCCCCAACGCCGUCUGCAACUUCGACCCCACAGGUCAACGGUAUACAGUCGAAGGGGAAACCGCCCACGCCAAGGAUGCCGAAACGGGUCAAGGGCAACCCGUCAUGAGCUCUGGAGUCUUCCAAGCUCUUCCAACACCAACU